AUUCUGCAACUCAGAGAUUCACACAGAAGCCUGGACACCAUUCAGAAGAGCCACCCAGAGGGAGACAGCAAUGUCACUGCUAUCCGUGCCACACACACAGGGUGUGUCUUUGUCUGUUGGUUCUGCUGUGACAAUCAAGGGGAGACCGCUUGUCUGUUUCUUCAAUGAACCACAUCUGCAGGUGGAUUUCCACACUGAGAUGAACGAGGAAUCAGACAUUGCCUUCCAUUUCCAAGUGCGCUUUGGUAGUUGUGUGGUCAUGAACAGCCGUGAGUAUAGGGCCUGGAAGCAGGAGGUGCAAUCCAAGCAUAUGCCCUUUCAGGAUGGCCAAGAAUUUCAACUGAACAUCUCAGUGCUGCAAGAUAAGUACCAGGUAAUGGUCAAUGGCCAACCCUGUUACAGCUUUGACCAUAGAAUCCCACCUGGGGCUGUGAAGAUGGUGCAAGUGUGGAGAGAUAUCUCCCUGACCAAAUUUGAGGUCAGCAAUUGAAAGAGAUAACCAGACUUCAUAUUGCCAAGGAAUUCCUGUCUCUACGUGAGCAUGGGAUUCCCAAAGCCAGCUAACAGCUUGAUCUUUUCUCACUUCAAUCCUUACUCUUGCUCAUUAAAACUUAAUCAAACUUCACA